AUGUCUCUGGGUCUGAGACACCACACCAGAGGCAUAGUGCAGCAGGACGAUGCUAACUAUGAAGUUGGAGCAGGGGAUGUAGACUCAAGCUGCUCCUCAGGCCAGUCCACCCCCUCCAGGUCAAGCAGGGGAUACAGCAGUAGGACAGGCAGCAGGGUAGACUCUCAGGGGUCAUGCACCCAGUCAGACUACGAGGAGGAGGCUGACACUACUGCAAAUAGGACCUUUGCCCUCUCACCAAGCAAGAAGCCAGGUCUAGGCACGAAGACAGCUAAAACACGAACGCAAAACAAGGGAGGGCAGUGGUGCAAAAAGAAGAAAAACACUAAUUUAAGGAACCGCAAGGCCUCUCUCAUCCCUCCAAUCAAGCUCCUGGAGGGCCCAAACCAGCGCAUUAGGUCUGCCCACAGGCACCGCAUCAAGGAGCUCAACAGCCAAGUGUGGGAGCUACAGCAGCAGCUGAGUGGUGUCGCCACAGAGAACAAACUGCUAAAGCAGCUCCAGGUCCGCCACACGGUGGCGCUACAGCGCUUCCAAGACUCACAGAGUGGCCUUCCUCAGGUCCUGGCCAAGCACGGCAAUGAGGUGCGCGGUCUGCAGGAGCUCCUGCGCAAAGCCCGCAUCCGCCGCAACAGUCUGUCCAGGCGUCUGCGGGGCACGGAGGAGGAGCUGCUGCGUACCAAGGACGUUCUGCACAGGCUGCAGCUGCUCAGUGAGGACCGCAGCCUGAAAGAGAGGGAAGAGCUUAGCCACAGGCUGGCCCUGAUCAGUGUGGACCUGAACAGGAAGAACAAGAGGAUACAGGACUUGGAAAGAAAUUUUGAGCUGAGCCAGAUAUCCUUCAAUCGCCAUCUUGCCACAGAAACAAGGAAGACGAAUGAGGCCAGAGAGAUGUCUGAUUACCUCCAGGCACAGAUCAGUCUGUUGACCCAAAAAAUCAAAGAAAAAGAGAGAGAAUUGGAGAUCCACAAUAUCUACUCACAUAGAUUUCCAAAUGGCUGGAACGGAAAAGAAUAUGCCCGUUCACUCCAACAUCUGGAGUUGGAGAAGCAGAAGAGUUUGAGCUGGGAGUCCUUUGCCAUCGACUUCACAGACAGAAGUGACGCAGCAGACACGUUAGUGGAUGACAGAGGAUCAAACAAUAAUGAAGACUUUGCUGAGGAUGGAGAGUUGGAUGGUGAUUCUGACAAGGAGGAUCCUCAGCUUCAGGGUGAGGAGGAUUGCAUUGCAGAGAAGGCAGCGAGUUCCCCGAAGGCUUCAGGAGAUCAAACAGAGCCAUUUGAAAGCCAGGUCCGGUACACUCUGGAGGAUUUUCUGAAUACAGAACGUGCCAACAAGGCCCUUGAAUCCUCUCCCAGGACCAAACGCUUCUACAAAUUCAAAGAAACCAUCCAGAACCUACACAGUGGAAAGCCUGCCUAUACCAGCCAUACCCACAGCCUGAGAAAGAGCCCUCCUAGAUACAUCAAGAGCCAGGCCAGGGUGGAGAACCUUGGGUCUGGGGCAUAUGAGCCCUCCUUUGUCACUCUACCAGCAGAGAAGUGGCAAAGGCGUAACACCAGGGGCCCUCAACCGGAGGAUGGUGUAGUCCGCAGCAAGAAGAGCAGCUUGAUGAAUGAGCUUUUCGGCCAGGCCCCAAUCACUGAUCCAAUUGCCACGAAGACAGGCAGAUCCAGAGUUCAAAGCACAGACCUGGACAGAAUGUCAUCUCACCAUACAGGAGAUGCUAGCCCGGUCUCACCUGGGAGAGAGACCAAGAUCAUUUUUGAUUGA